AUGAGCGCGAAUCCCAAUCCGACGGGCAAUCCGUCAGCGCAUUUUGAGGCUAAUCCCGCAAGCGCCGCCAAUGGAACCAGUCAGCCACCGCCUGCAGAGAAUCAAGAGAAGAGGAAGCGGGAAUACAAGGAUUUUGAGCAUACGAGUGAGAAGGCUUCGCAUGCGAAGGUUGAUAUGAGUGCUAUCCAACUCACAGCAGAGGAUCUCUACGAUAAAGAGAAGGUCGAUCUUGAGACUAUUGAGGUCGACGAUGUGCUGCAGCUGUUGCAGUGUAAUGAGCAUGGUCUUAGCCAUGAAGAGGCGGAAAGGCGACUGCAGAUAUUCGGGCCCAACAAACUAGAAGAGAAAUCGCAGAACGCGUUUCUCCAGUUCCUAAGUUUCAUGUGGAACCCCCUUUCCUGGGUCAUGGAGGCGGCAGCCGUAGUUGCAAUCAUCCUGUCCAACGGUCAAGGUUCGCCCCCUGAUUGGGAAGAUUUUGUCGGUAUCGUCGCGCUUUUGUUCGCCAACUCGGCGAUCGGGUUCUACGAAGAGAGGAAUGCGGGUAAUGCGGUCAAGGCACUCAUGGACGCACUGGCUCCCAAGGCGAAGGUACGGCGAGACGGCGGGUGGGUGGAGAUGGAGUCGGCGUACUUGGUACCGGGGGACAUUGUCGCUUUCAAGAUUGGAGACAUUGUUCCUGCGGAUUGUCGGCUUCUCGAGGCUAUCAAUGUUUCUAUAGACCAGGCUGCUCUAACGGGAGAAUCAUUGCCGCAGUCGAAGAAGGUGGGGGACGAGUGUUUCUCUGGAUCUACGUGCAAACAGGGCGAAGCAGAAGGAGUAGUCAUCUCCACCGGACCCAACACUUUCUUCGGACGAGCAGCCUCGCUGGUUGGACAAGAUGAUGACUCCACUGGGCAUUUGCAGCGAAUUUUGGCGUACAUUGGUUCAUUCUGUUUGGUCACCAUCGGGAUCUUCGUCAUCGCAGAAAUCUUCGUGCUCUACGCAGGGUUCCGGUACCAGUACCGCCGCGGUCUCAACAACAUCCUUGUCCUCCUCAUCGGCGGGAUCCCCAUUGCAAUGCCAACCGUUCUUUCCGUCACCCUGGCCGUCGGUGCCACCCAGCUGGCCAAGCACAAAGCUAUCGUCACGCGUAUUACGGCCAUCGAAGAACUGGCUGGUGUCACGAUCCUCUGCUCCGACAAGACUGGCACCCUCACCACAAACAAGUUGACCAUCGACCGAAGUACUAUCAAGACGUUCAGCCGCUUCUCCGCCGACGAGGUCAUCCUCUUCGCAGCCUACGCCUCGCGUACAGAGAACCAGGACGCUAUCGACUCCGCUGUCGUCUCCGCCCUAGGUGACGUGAAGCUUGCGCGCGAGGGUAUCAAGCUGCUAGACUUCAAGCCUUUCAACCCUGUCGACAAGCGGACGGAGAUUACCUAUCGAGAAGAAUCGUCUGGGAAGCUGAAACGCGUCUCCAAGGGCAUGACCGGCAUCAUCAUGGACUUGUGUACUCGCGACAAGACGGAGGAACAGGAGGACAAGGUCGAGAAGGACGUCGAGGAGUAUGCCAGCCGUGGUCUCCGUGCCCUCGCUGUGGCGUAUGAGGAGGUAUCAGGCGACGACCCUGAAGCACCCGGAAACGGUUUCGAGUUGAUCGGAUUAUUGUCCAUUUUUGACCCUCCCCGCGACGACACCAAACAGACUAUCGAUGAGGCUAUGUCCUUGGGUGUCAAAGUGAAGAUGGUGACCGGCGACCAACUCGCGAUCGCAAAGGAAACUGGUCGACGUCUUGGUCUCGGCGACCAUAUGUACCCUGCCAAGGUCUUGAAGGAUGGUCCUGGCCCUGACAGCAAAUUCGCCACCCUCGACGCUAUGAUCAUGGACGCCGACGGCUUCGCUGGCGUCUUUCCUGAGCACAAGUAUGAGAUCGUUAAACGGCUCCAAGCGCUUGGCCAUCUGACUGCCAUGACUGGUGACGGAGCCAACGAUGCCCCUGCUCUCUCCCGUGCUAAUGUUGGUAUCGCCGUCGAAGGCGCAACCGAUGCUGCUCGUGGUGCCGCUGAUAUCGUCCUGACUGAGCCAGGUCUCUCCACAAUCGUCCACGCCAUUCGUCAAUCUCGUAUCAUCUUCCAACGUAUGAGAAACUACUCGAUCUAUGCCUGUGCGGUUACCAUCCGUAUUGUCGUCUGUUUUGCCGUCCUGGCUUUCACCUACAAGUUUGACUUCCCGCCAUUCAUGAUUCUAGUCGUGGCUUUGCUCAACGAUGGCACCAUCAUGACCCUUUCUCUCGAUCGUGUACUCCCUUCUCAUUCUCCUGACUCUUGGAACCUCGCGGAGAUCUUUGCCUAUGCUAUCGCCUACGGUCUAUACCUUACAGCGUCGACUGUCGCGCUGAUCGUGGUCAUCGUCGAGACCAACUUCUUUGAACGCAAAUUUGGUGUCACCUUAAACGACCCGUCCCGCAAUAAUGGAACCCUCAUUGACAAAAACGAUCCUCAAUUGCACAUGAUCGCCUAUCUUCAGGUUGCUAUCAUUUCGCAGGCUCUGAUCUUCGUCACCCGCGCACAUAGUUUCUUCUUCAUGGAACGUCCGUCUUUUGCGCUUCUCGGAGCCUUUGCUGUCGCACAACUCGUCUCGUCUAUUAUCGCUGCUUAUGGUGACUGGGGUUUCACCAACAUUCACUCGAUUUCUGGAGGUUGGAUUGGCAUCAUCUGGGUUUGGAACAUAAUCUGGUUCAUCCCGCUCGACUGGAUCAAGUUCGCGAUGCGUGCCACUGUCAUCAAAACUCUCCACGAGCGUGCUCAACGGCGAAUGGCGCAAGAGAUUGCGGCCUCAGCUGGUGGUGCUCCUCUUGCACCCAGUCCAUCUCGAGUUCAGUCGAUACACGAAUCACUCUACUCGAACCGAACGAGUUUCCUGCGGAGGACAAUGCGGCGUUUCAACAUUGGCAACAAGGUCUCUGUUAAGCCUGAAGAGCUGUCUAGGUUCAGCAGUAUUCAGGCGCAGCGGGCUGGGACUACUCUUGCACGGCAUCCGAGUCGUGCAUCUGUCCAUCGAGGAGUUCCUAUUUCUCGACCGUUAUCGAAACCUCCAGCAUAG